AUGCGUUUCACUGCUGCUGCCGCUGCCCUUAUGGCUGGUUCCGCCAUCGCUGGCGAUGUGUCCACCGACUACACCACCCAGUUGGUCACCAUCACCGCCUGCCCUGAGACCGUCACCGACUGCCCUGCCCGCUCUACUCAGGUCCAGACCUCAGUGGUUCCCUUGACCACUUCUACCGUCUACUCUACCAAGGUCCACACCAUCACGUCGUGCGCUCCCCAGGUCACCAACUGCCCGGCUCACAGCACCAUCGUCUCUACCGAGACCGUUGCUGUCUCCACCACCGUCUGCCCUGUCGGUCCUCCCACCUCUGUGCCUGUUCCCGGACACUGGAACAGCACUGGCGUCGUUGUCCCUCCUCCCGCCAGCUCGCACGUCGUGCCUCCCGCCGCCUCUGGCCCUGCCGCCUCUGGCCCUGCUCCCUCUGGCCCUGCUACCAAGGUGCCUCCUCCCGCCGCCUCCACCAACUCCCCCGUGACCACCCAGGCUCCUCCCGCCUGCCCUGCUCACUCGGUCACUGCCAUCACCAAGAGCUACACUACCGUCUUGACCUCGGUCGAGUACUCUACCAUUGAGGUCCCCUGCCCUCCCACUGGCACCGCUCCUCAGGGCACUGGCAAGCCCCCCGUUCCUACCAACCCCGCCAACUCCCCCGCUGGUGGUAACCCCCCUGCCGGUGGCAACCAGACCACUACCCCUCCCCCUGUCACUGCUGGCGCCGCUUCCUUCGCCGGCUCUGCCGUCUUCGCUGCCGUCGCCGGUAUUGCCGCUUUCGUCCUUGCUUAA